AUGAAUGGACAGCAGAAAAUUGACGAUGGUGCAUCCCAAUGCCCUCGGCAGAUAUCGAGUGACCCACUGAGCGUGGAAAGCCUCGUCCAAAGGCACGAGAACAGGUUAUUCCUGCUGCAACGGUUGAAUGGCUUGCGACAGCAGAUUCAGAGCCUUGAGCAGGAAGUAUCUGAUAUCGAGUGCAUGGUGAAUAGUUUGCCAUAUGCACCCGCUGGCAUGGCAUAUGGGCAUGGUCGACGCGCAGCACCCUGCCAUUUCCACGUUGCUGCGACGGCAGGCGCAGGUGGCAUCGCCUUGCCUCUGGCUGUUGGCAUCGUGCACCCUUUGGACACAGUUCGCACUACCAUGCAGGCGGCUGCCUCCACCCAUGGCUUCUCGCACUCUCUUCGCAGCUUGGGAUGGCGUGGCCUGAGCCGUGGCUUUGUGCUGAGCCUUGCUUGGGCUUCGCCGCAGGGGGCAAUACGGAUGGCCAGCUACGAGGCGUCCAAGGAAGUGCUGCUGGACAAGUUCUACUUCAAAGCCCUCGGCAUAGCCGUUUCGGCAAUCACUGCUGACUUUGCGAGCAGCGUUGUCAAGGUGCCGCGGGAGCUCAUUACACAAAGAAUGCAAACUGGGCAGUACCAGUCCAGCUGGCAGGCAGUGCGCAGCAUUUUUCGGGAAGAGGGCAUUGCAGGUUUUUUCCGAGGAUAUGCUUCCACUGCUUCUCGCGAUGCUCCGUUCAUGCUGCUGCUUUUUCUCUCCUACGAGCAGUUCAAAUCCUGGAAGAUUCGUUUGACCUUCUCCCAGCAGGGUCCGGCUGAGAUCUUCGCGCCGUGGUCAGAUGCCGAGACAGUGCUUUGGGGAGGCAUCUCCGGCACUCUGGCAGCUUGGUUGACGACCCCGUUUGACGUCAUCAAGACUCGAAUCAUGACCUCGCAGACGCCGAUCUCCUUCCACGAUGCGCUUCGAUCUGUUGGACCAGCUGGGCUUUUCCGUGGAGCUGGACCACGGAGCGCGUGGUGGUUCUGUGUCAGCUCUAUCUUUUUUGCAAGCUACGAGCGGCUCAGGGCAACCCUUCAGCAGCAUGUAGACCCAGUCUGA